GAUGUCUAGUUUUAAUAAGAAAUUAAUUGAUAAAAUCUUUAAAGAAGACAGAAUAGUUAAAAGAACAGUUCAUACACAUCCAAUGAAUUCCCCAAAGGAAUCAAAAGAACUUACUCCAUGAGA